AUGGGUGCCGGAGCCUCCGCGAUGCCGGAGAUGCUAAAGAUGAUUCCGGAAGAUGAAAUGGAGGAGGCGGUGAAGCAACUUCCUCCUGAGGCCAUUGAACUCAUGAAGAAAAUGGUUGCAGUAGCUGAAGAACACCAGGCCAAGGAGAAAUCUUCGACCUCGGAGUCCUCGGAGGCCAAAGGAGCGUCCAAAGAGUCCAAGGAGGGCUCCAAGGCCUAUGAAGCCAUCGAGAAGAUUGGCAACUCAGAUGAAGCCUCCUCGAUGAGACGAGCGAUCUUUAUUUGGGAUGAGAAGACGGCCAAUGAGGCCUUGAAAGAAAUCUGCAAAGACAAAGUCCCAGAGAAGGUCAAUGGCGCCAUGCUUGUGAUGGAUCAAGUGGAGUGGGCAGAUCCUGCAGAUGCCAAGAAAUGGCCAGAAGCCUUGACGUUCUGUGCUUGGGAUUGGUUCUCAGAUCAGCCCAACAUGGACGUGCCCUUUGUCCCACCAGAGAAGGCCAAGGAGAACUGCGCCUACCUGUGGGAUGAGAAGACGACAGAUGCGUGGCUCGAGAAGAUUGGAGUGAAACCGGUGGGCAAGAAGGGCAAGGACUUGAUCGACAAUUCUGGGCGCAGCGAAGCUUUCUCAGACAUGGAUGAAGCUGACAAGGUCCUGGAGAAGUUGAAGGAUUUGUCGAUCAUCUUCAUGAAAGACAUUGUGAAGGAGAGCGACUGCUCCAUCUUUCAGCUCAUCUCGCUGAUUCCAACAUCUGCACGACUCAGCCGUGGCGCUCGCAGAUUGCUUCCCCUGGUGCUGGCGUGGCUGGCAGGGCAUCGGCGGCUCCCCUUGGGAGUCGCUGGCGUUUUUUCGGAUAAGGACAUGCGACCAGUUACGCUCAGAGCGCUCACCCAUUCCCAGCGCAGGGAACGCUGCUAUGAUGCCGUGGUGGCCGUGAGGCUCCUGGCCCUGAGCCGAUUCUUACUCUGCGACAAGCUGCAAGAGGUGGUUGAGAG